ACAUCAAUAAUAAGGAUUUUAAUUACAUAUUUUAUGAAGCUGUGAACUCGUGUAAAAUAAGUAGCUAACUAUUAAAUCAUCGGUUUGUGAACAACAUGGAUUGAUAGCAAAACUUCAAAACUUGCAAAUAUUAGUUAAAAUAUUACCGAUGGGUUCGUGUAAACUGCUACCGGUUUUACUGACGUGCGUGGUGGUGGCGAUGAGCCUGAAUCCCGGCGGCUGGCUGGAUCGCGUUGUCCAGUUUUACAAGACCAAGUUCUAUAAUGAACUUGAGAAAUUAGCUCCAAUUAAUAUACACGCCGCGAUCCACGAGAAGCCUCCAGGAUACGUGGACUCCCAGGAAUGGGACUACGAGUCUGUCAUACGCUUGCUGACUCUCAUACGUACCAGCGAGAACGCGAAGCCGGUCAGGACGGUGCUGCGGCGCAUGCUGCAGCCCACCAGACGCAUCAUGAUGUCCAUGAAGGAAAGCAUGCAUAGGUUCCCUAGCCUCAUGAAAGACACCAACAAUUUCUACUACGACGUGGAGUACACUGACGACGAAGAGGAAAUUCCUUCCCCUCCCCUCCACGAGGAUCAGAUGGUAAUUGCCGUGUCCAACCCUGUGGAAGCAAGGCUACCUUCCGCCAAGAUCAGCGUCCAACUGCUCAGAGACAUAUUGGUAGCCAGGGCCCAGGCAGCGAAGCAAAUGCCACCGACAGCGCGAUCUAUCAUACCUUGGAUACCGAUGAACACGACAUUCGCUAUAAUUGGCCACGUGGGGGGUGGAGGGAAUGAUUCGGCGGCAGGAGGCGGCAACGAGACCGGAGGUGGCGGGGGAGGUGAUGGAGGCAAAGAGGAUGGGGCGUCAGGCAAUGGCACCGGGAGCGAUGACACCGGCACCGGGGGCGAAGCCACCGGCGGCACAGGAGCCGCAGCACUAGAGACAACCGUGGCAGCGGCAGCGUAAACGUUUGCCACACGACUGUCUUUCAUUUACUUACCUGUAUUCCUGCAAACAAAAAAGUUGUGGUGUCCUAAUGGGUAAAUUUUAUUUUUAUUUC